AUGAUUGAGAAGGAGUUUCCUUGGUGGGGAGAAUUGCAUGGGUGGUGCAACAGCACCUGGAGUGCUGCUGAUAGUGGGCAGGAUUUCACUAGGCACAUAGUUGAACUCUUCAAGCUGUGGCCAAACCUACUGUCUGGAGAUUCUGUUGAUCCUGCUGCAGGCCCACUGAAUUCAUCUCAGCUGGAAGAAGGUGAAAUAGCAGAGGGUGGCAACAAUUUUCAUACUAAUGACAACUUUUUUGCAGAUGAUUCAGAACUGAUGAAUGUUGACAGCAACCCCCCCUUUUCACAUGUCGAGAUGCCAUCAUUUCCCAUACCAUCCCCCUCCCUGCUCUUCUCUGAGCAAGAGCUGCUGCUGCCUGUUAUUCCAUUGCCCUCUCCAUCCUCUGCUGGAUCUAAGUGGUUGAUGCUGUUGUCCCUCCCUGCUAAUUCUGAGUGGUUUUUGCUCACCCCCCCACCAUCCUUCAAUUUUUCUGAGUCAUCCACCAUCAUCCCUCCUCCCCCUUCUACUUUUAACAGAGUUAAUUCUAUCAGCUUGAAUGAUGACCCCCCUCCCUUUGUAUUCCAUUGUCCAAAACUUCAGCCAGCACAUCCAUGCCUCAAGCAGGAUCGACCCCUCCUUAAACACCACCCUUUGUCUCUCAUUGUCUUCCCCCCCAGCAUCACUGCUCUCUCUGAUGAUAGCAAUUCCAAGCUGUCAUCAAAGCCAUCCCAUGAGUGUGCACAGGAAACCCCUGCUGACAAGCUUUCUUUGGACCUUGCAUCUGCUUUGUUAACCUUUCAUUAAGCAAUUUCAACAGGUGCAGCAGGAUAGGUCAGAGGUCAAGCAUCACCAACUGGAGUAUGGAUACUGGAGGACUUGCCAGAAGGCCACCACUCUCUCAGCCAAUUGUGAACACCAACUUACUAUGCAACACAAGCUGUUCACACAUGAGGAG